AUGGAUGCCCAUGCCCUAAGGGCAUCUUUAACGCUAUAUACUCUCGGGCCUUAUGGCAAUAAACAAAGCCCAGAUAAUCAAAAUAGUGCAUUCAAACCAAGCAGCGUGGAGAAGAUUAUGGAAAUUGAUGACCAUAUUGGCUGUGCUAUGAGCGGUUUAAUUGUUGAUGCGCGUACACUUGUUGAGCAUGCGAGAGUUGAGACUCAAAACCAUAGAUUCUUGUAUGGUGAGCCGAUAACUGUAGAGUCCACUACACAAGCGUUAUGUGACCUUGCUUUACGGUUUGGUGAAGGAGAUGAAGAAUCAAUGUGUUGGCCAUUUGGAGUAUCACUUCUCAUUGCUGGUCAUGAUGAAAACGGACCGAGUUUGUACUACACAGAUCCUUCAGGAACAUUAUGGCAGUGCAAUGCAAAAGCCAUUGGUUUAGGCUCAGAAGGAACCGACAGUUCUCUCCAAGAGCAAUUCAACAAAGUAACUUGA